AUGCCUCCCGUGCGAUCCGUGAAAUCUGUGCGAUCCGUCCGAUCCGUGCGAUCCGUUUCGAUCCGGUCGAUCCAUUGGGCAGGGCUCGCGUGGGAGGCCGACGAGAAGGUCCUGGAGGACGCCUUCUCCCCCUUCGGAACCGUCGAAGAAGCCAAGGUGAUCCGGGAUCGGUUCACGGGUCGGUCGCGCGGCUUCGGGUUCGUGAGCUUUGCAAAUGACGAGGAGGCUGCCAGCGCGCUCGAGGGCGUCAACGGCAAGGAGCUGAGUGGAAGGACAGUGCCCGAGAUGAGUGUGACUGACCUGCACCGGCUGCUGCUGGCGCAGCAGGCAGCAGGUGGGGGAGAGGGAUUGGGGACGAACGGGGAGGCGGAUGGUGGAGGGGCUGGGUUGAACGUGGGGAGAGGGCAAGUGGGAGGAGGGGAAGUGGGGGGAGGGGAAGUGGGGGGAGGGAGAUGCAGUGGGCGGGGCGGGCGGCGGGUGGUGGUGGUGGAUACGCGCACAGAGGAGGAGGCAGCAGUGUCGAUGAUUCCGGGCGGCACACUCAAGCAGAGCGACUUUGAGCGGCAGAUGGGACGAUUCAGCGACCAUCAAGUCGUGUGCUACUGCACCAUAGGCUAUCGCAGUGGCAACUAUGCGCGCAUGCUGCGCUCGCACCACAGCAUGCACGCCUCCAACCUUAGGGGCUCCAUCCUCGCAUGGACCCACCACGGCCUCCCCCUCACCUCCCUCUAUCACCCUGAAACUGGCUCUGGCCCGCUCCCCCUCCCUCAUCACGCCAACACUAGCGCCAACACCAGCAUUGACACCAGCACCUCAAAUGAGGCAACAGCCCAGCGUCAGGCAAUCACCGAUCAGGAAGCAUCAAGAGAGGGAGCAACGGGCUCUGGUGCGGCCUCGGUGUUGCCAGUGCUUCCCUUGGGAGCUACCACGCGGGUGCAUGUGUACUCGCCCAAGUACGAGCUGCACGCAGAUGGGUACCAUCCAGUGCACUUUGGGAGUGGUGUGCCAUGGGUGUCGGUCAUUUGGAGUGACAUCAGUAUGAGGGUGCCAAAAUGGCUCCAUGCACCGUCAGAUCGUCCCGCGUCUACCUGCCAUUCGGCAAAUCAGCAUCCGGCAUUCCCAUUGGACCGUCUGCCCGACGACGUGCUCUCAUUGGUCCUCCAGCAUCUCUCUCGCAACUCCCUCGCGCACGCCUUCGUCUGCAAGCGCUGGUUCCGCCUCACGUGCCUUGCGCGCGUCUACCUAAAAGUUUCGCGUGCCGUGCAGUCCGCGCAGCUUCUCUCCGCCGUUGACACAUUCCCGACAUUGUCACAGCUCGAUAUAGCGGAGAACACCGUUCCGCACGCGACAGACGAACUUCUGCGCGGAAUUUCCGCGCGCUGCCCCAAUCUCACGCGCCUGCUCAUCGGGUACCAGUUCCGAGCGCGCUUCUCCCCCGCGGGGCUCUCCGCGCUCUUCCGCGGGUGCGCGCGCCUGCAGCAGCUCCGCCUGUUUUCCCUCAGCGGAAUCUCUGCUCUUCCCGCAUCCCUCACGCUCCUUUCUCAGCUAGAAGUUCUCGAGUUAGGUGACGACCCGGCCUGGCGCGGAUUGGAUACGUUCGCUAAUCUAAUCGAAUCCGAUGUAAGCUUAGAUUCGUUAAGCUGUAUGAGGAAGCUGGUUGUCAGCAGUCGCUGCUUUGAGAGCCUGCCGUGGAGCAUCGGGGAGCUAACGCGUUUGGAGCAUUUAGAAAUUCAUUCAGAGGUCCUUAGUUCGCUGCCCGGCAGUUUCGGGCAGCUGGGGUCGCUGGCAGUUCUGAAGCUCGAGGCCAAGUGUUUGGAGGAGCUGCCCGAGAGCCUGGGCAGGUUGAAAAAUCUGCAGCGAAUGUGGCUGACAAACUGCGAGAGUCUGUCCAAACUUCCCGACUCGUUCGGGCAGCUUUCCAGCCUAUCCUUUCUCAGCAUUCACCUCUGCGACCGGCUCCGGUCACUCCCAGAAAGUUUCAGCUUCCUGCCCGCUUUGGAAACCCUAAAACUACACGAGCUUCCGAGCCUGCGCACGCUGCCCGAACUCUUCGGGCACCUGCCGAAGCUGAGAGUCCUCGACAUGAGCACAUGCGGGGUGGUGCGUCUCCCCCUCUCCCUCUACCUCCUAGCCCGCUUGGAACGACUCAGCGUAGCAGCUUUCCCGGACCUCCCCCACGUGCCCCCCCUCACUGCGCAACUCCUUGUUCCGCCGCCCCGCCCGCCCCACCAAUCCCUCCCGCCUGGCGCCUCCUCUGCAUCGCCUGCGUCUCCCUCCCAUUCCAAUGCGUCUGCGUCUGUUGCUGGCGGGGGUAUCCCUGGGAUAUCCGUCUCCGUCCCCCUGAUACUAGAGAUGACGGACCACACUGGAAUUCUUGCCCUGCCCGAAGAUCUAGGCUGCCUGCCCAAGCUGGAGCUUCUCAGGCUGGUCAGACUGGACAAUUUCACGGUCCUGCCCGAUUCGCUCGGGCAGUUGAAAUCCCUGCGCAAGCUUAUGCUUUCUCAGCUGCCCAAUCUAGAGUAUCUCCCUGCCUCCCUCCCACAACUGCCAUCCCUCGAACUGCUGGUGAUUCACCAAUGCGCCAACCUGGCAUCCCUGCCACGUGGCACAAUCUCAGGCCUUAGAAACCUGUCCAAGGUGGCACUUAUUGAGUGCACGAGCUUGUGCAGUUUGGAUAGCGAAGAGGGGAAGGCCAGCAGGGGCGGCACAGACACGCUGCGUCAUGUGCUUGUCUUUGAUUGCGGCAUGAAGUCCCUUCCACCGUCUCUUCUACAUGUGGAGUCGUUACAGACUGUACACUUUCGAAACGGGGGGUGGUUUGGUUUUCCGGUGUUUUCAUUGCCGGAGGUGUACGGGUUUUCUAGAACUUUCCCUUCAAUCACGUUCCUAGAUAUUGCCGAAAAUGCUCUCAUGCCACCUGUCGAUUCCCCAAUCCUUCAAGACGACCUGGUCCGUCGGAUCUCUGACACGUGUCCUCAUUUGAAGAGCUUCGCUCUCGCUCACCAAUCUCGCGCGGAGGGCCGAGUCUCCGCCCAAGGGCUCUCCGUGCUCUUCCGCGGAUGCCCGCGCCUGGAGUCGUUGCGCCUGCUUUCCCUCAGCGCUAUCCCCGCGCUUCCCCGCGACGUCUCCCGCCUCACCAACCUCUCCGCGCUCGAAUUGGGGGACAGUGGCGCAUGGUGCUGGGGGGAAGGCGGAAAGCUUGCGCUGGCGGAGGGGGAAGGGGGAGUGGAAGGCGGAAUGGGAGGGUGCAUGGGAGCGGAGGAGGGGAGGCAGGCGGAGUGGGAAAACCCUAGGCUUGCCCGGGAAGGUAGCAGAAGCAGCCUGGGAUUCAUCAGCGCUCGGAUAAGGAGGCAGAGGGAUUCGUCUCUAACUUCGCUGACCACAUGCGCUUCACACUUACAGUGUUUAAGUGCGCUCACUCACCUAAGAGUCAACAGCUGGUGCUUGCAGGCGCUGCCUGCUUCCCUUGGCGCACUGAAGAUGCUGAGCCACUUGGAGAUCACCUCGGAAAAGGUUUCUGUCCUGCCCGAGGAGAUCUGUGACCUGCCCCUGCUACAAGUGCUCUGUCUUAGACUGAGGAAAUUGAGUCAGCUGCCCGAGAGGAUGGGCAGCUUGGCCAGCCUUCAGCAGCUGCGGUUGAGGGACUGCACGUGUUUGGUGUCACUGCCCGACUCUUUCAGGCAGCUCAGAAUAAAACUUCUGGAGCUUCAUAACUGCGCAUCUCUCACCGCCCUUCCCGAUAAUUUUGGGUCGCUCUCCCAACUGCAGACCCUUCGCAUGAUCUGGGUGUAUCAUUUGUCCAACCUGCCCGACUCCUUCGGGCAGCUCUCAAAUCUCCGUUUUCUGGAUCUGGAGCAGUGCACAGCUCUUCGAGACCUGCCCGGCCCGGUCGACUCCCCUUGCCAAGGCCAGACAUGGCUGCCCGCUCUCGAAAGCCUUCGUCUGGUGGGACUCCGCCAUCUGGACUCUCUCCCUCCACUCGGGCAGCUGAAAAAACUUCGCAGGCUGACCGUGUCUCUUCUGUGUAAGCUUGAGGAGCUUCCUCCGUCCCUAUCCCGGCUCUCCAACCUGCAAACACUGGUCAUCCAUGGCUGCUCGCAGAUCAAAUCCCUCCCACACAAUAUCCCCUCCGCCCUGUCCUCUCUCUCCUCCCUCGCGAUUCUCUCCUGCUGCAGCAUUCAAGAUCUCGAUCUUCUUUCGUGCUGCUAUGGUGCACUGGAGGCAUGUAGUGUGGGUGGGGUGGAGGGGAGGGUGACUAGUGCAGCGGUUAAGUGUGAUGGGAUACGGUGUGGUAAUGUGGAGGGGGAUUCGCCGCGUGAAGCUGAAAGGAAGCUGCACAUGCAAACGGGCACACUAGCAGAUGGUUCUAGCAGCUGCUGCACCUCUGUGCAGCCCAGAAGGGGAUAA